UAUGUGCAAAAUAUAUUGUACUGAAGUGUUGUGAGAUUGUAUUUUAUUUUAGAAUGAUAUUAAUUUCAUAUAAAUAUAAUAUAGUUAGUAUACUAGUACUUGUUGUUGCAGUACAAAUAGAUACUCAACAAAUUUUGAAUAAUAAUGAAUUAUCCUCGUCUCUUUCAAAUGAACAAGUUACAAAAUACCAAUACGAAAAAACCAUUCAAACAGCUACAACUGAAAAUAAUCAAGAUCAAUCUAUUACUACAAAUAUAAAUACUGAAUUUGUACAAAAAUCAUAUUCUAGUAGUGAAUUAAAUCUAAAUAACGCUGAUACAAAUGAUUUAAACUCUGCAAUCAAUGGACAAGGUUAUGAUUCUAAUGGAAAUAUUCCAGUAAAUGAUAAUGGUAUUGUAAACAACUACCAAUGGUCAAACUAUUUCAGUUAUAUGCAGUAUAUAGCAGACCAAGAGUCCGAAAAUACAGAACAACCUAAUCAAUCAGGAACCAGCGAAAACGUACCAGUCACGCCGAAUGGGAACACAGUCGGCACAUUUAGUAGUGAAGGUACAGGAAUAAAUACUCCAAUGAAUAUGAACGGAUCACCAUCACCAGCAACUACGACGAAUACUCCAUCCGGACUUACUGCGUCUAAUACCCCGAUCCCUUACACUGGCCCUGGCUCACCAAACAGUAAUCUAAACGGAGGUAGUUUAAGUCCGACCACGUCGUCCCCGGAAACGAGCGGUUAUCCACCAAAUAUUCCUCCGAACAGUGCUAACAUAGAUUUAACUAGUGGUCCCUACGAUAUCGGAACAACCAAUGGUUUAAACUCUUAUUUUUAUAUGCCUAUAACAUAUCCCCCAACUGGACCUGGAAAUAUGAACAAUGAUGUUCCUAAUUAUCCUCAAUCAACAGGUCCUAAUACUGGAAGUGGUGCAUCUAAUAGUAGUCCAAAUGGUGGAACUUCAACUGCACCAAUAUCGAGCCCCAAUUCAAAUGGUUCUCCUCGAUCCCCUUACGGAGAUUUAACCGGUAAUACCAAUGGGCAAGGUUAUGAUUCUAAUGGAAAUAUUCCAGUAAAUGAUAAUGGUAUUGUAAACAACUACCAAUGGUCAAACUAUUUCAGUUAUAUGCAGUAUAUAGCAGACCAAGAGUCCAAAAAUACAGAACAACCUAAUCAAUCAGGAACCAGCGAAGACGUGGAUAAUCUAAAAAUACAGCGAUUAAUUUCAUCAAUGAAUUUACAAACCACUGCCACAUCUACGGGCACAUUUAGUAACUCGCCUAGCAAUCAACCAGUCAUGCUGAACGGGAACACAGUUGGCACAUCUAGUAGUGAAGGUACAGGAAUAAAUACUCCAAUGAAUAUGAACGGAUCACCAUCACCAGUAACUACGACGAAUACUCCAUCCGGACUUACUGCGUCUAAUACCCCGAUCCCUUACACUGGCCCUGGCUCACCAAACAGUAAUCUAAACGGAGGUAGUUUAAGUCCGACCACGUCAUCCCCGGAAACGAACGGUUAUCCACCAAAUAUUCCUCCGAACAGUGCUAACAUAGAUUUAACUAGUGGUCCCUACGAUAUCGGAACAACCAAUGGUUUAAACUCUUAUUUUUAUAUGCCUAUAACAUAUCCCCCAACUGGACCUGGAAAUAUGAACAAUGGUGUUCCUAAUUAUCCUCAAUCAACAGGUCCUAAUACUGGAAGUGGUGCAUCUAAUAGUAGUCCAAAUGGUGGAACUUCAACUGCACCAAUAUCGAGCCCCAAUUCAAAUGGUUCUCCUCGAUCCCCUUACGGAGAUUUAACCGGUAAUACCAAUGGGCAAGGUUAUGAUUCUAAUGGAAAUAUUCCAGUAAAUGAUAACGGUAUUGUAAACAACUACCAAUCGUCAAACUAUUACAGUUAUGUGCAGUAUAUAGCAGACCAAGGGUCCGAAAAUACAGAACAACCUAAUCAAUCAGGAACCAGCGAAGACGUACCAGUCACGCCGAAUGGGAACACAGUUGGCACAUCUAGUAAUGAAGAUACAGAAAUAAAUACUCCAAUGAAUAUGAACGGAUCACCAUCACCAGCAACUACGACGAAUACUCCAUCCGGACUUACUUCGUCUAAUACCCCGAACCCUUACACUGGCCCUGGCUCACCAAACAGCAAUUUAAACGGAGGUAGUUUAAGUCCGACCACGUCGUCCCCGGAAACGAACGGUUAUCCACCAAAUAUUCCUCCGAACAGUGCUAACAUAGAUUUAACUAGUGGUCCCUACGAUAUCGGAACAACCAAUGGUUUAAACUCUUAUUUUUAUAUGCCUAUAACAUAUCCCCCAACUGGACCUGGAAAUAUGAACAAUGGUGUUCCUAAUUAUCCUCAAUCAACUGGUCCUAAUACUGGAAGUGGCGCAUCUAAUAGUAAUCUGAAUGGAGAAAUAUCAAACUCAAUAUCCCCGCCUACUCCAAAUACAGAUUUAAAUCCCAUGCUUAAUGGAGGUGUACCUUUUUUUAAGGGCUAUGAAGAUUUUUAUGGUAUACCACAGUCUGGAUAUCAACCUUCUACAGGUCAAAUUCUUGAUAAUUAUGAAUCACCUAAUUAUAAUUUUGAUUAUGAAUUGCAAAAUGGGGAUAUUGAUGAUGUUUUGAAUGAUGGUCAAAUAAAUAUAGAUGGUAGAUAUAUGCCCGAUAAUUAUGAUCAAUUAAAUAAUGGUGGAGUUUAUACUCCUGGAUCAAACGAAAAUGUUGAAUUUUACAAUAGCUAUUAUUAUGAGAAAAGUUCUGUUAAUUUUGAAAGACAGAAUUCAAAUGGUGGUUAUGACACCCCAAAUUAUGGUAGUAAUGUUGAUGAUUAUUUGGAUAAUAUUAAGCAUGAUAAUGAAAAUCUUCCAGAACCUAUGUAUGAUACAUAUGCAUCUAAUUUGAUUCCUGGGUAUGAAAAUAAUCAAUUGAACAAUGGUCCACCUUCUAGAGGAUAUUCAUUUAGUGAUAAUGAUGCUGUACCUUAUGACACUGAUAUUAACUCUUAUAAUGGUUUUCCAAUAUCUGAAAUCAAUUCUGAUAAAUUUAAUUAUGGUAACAUGCCGUAUGGUAAUGAUCAAAGCGAUAUUGGAAUCGAUGAUAUAAGUCCUAAUAACAAUCAAUUAAGUGGGAAUACGUACGCUGAAAUUGAUACAUCAAAUGUUAAUACUCAAAUAGGAGGGUCAACUCAAGAUGGUUCUAAUGGUAUUCCUAUUAAUACUGUGGAUAGUCGUUUUAAUUCUAUCCAAAAUACAGUUGUAAGUAAAAAUAAUGCAUUAAAUGUUGGUCAAAAUGUAUAUGGUGCUAAUGGACAAGUCAUUGGAAAAAUCUAUAAUCCUUCUGAUGCCACUAGAAAAAAUAAUAAUCGUCAUAAAUAUAGUGGUAGUAGUAGUUAUAGCAGUCACAGUGAUAGUGUGUUCUCUGAUGAUAUUCAUGCAAUUGGAAAUGAUAUUAAACGAGCUGCUCGCGAUGCAAUUGGUAAUAUAUACAAUAAAACAAAGGAUGCAUACGAUAUUACAAAAGGUGUUGGAAAAGCCAUUGGAAAUGCUGCUGGAAAUGUUGCUAGUGAUGCUGCAAAUGGAGUUAAAAAUACGGCUGACAAUAUUUAUCAAGGUUCUAAAGAUGUUGCAGAGGAUAUAGGAAAUGCUGCUAGUACAGCUGCAGAUGAUGUUAAACAAACAGCCAACAACGCGUAUCAGGACACAAAUGAUGUUAUGAAUGGCAUGGGAGAUGUAAUUAGUGAAGCUGGAGACGGUAUUACACAGACGGCAAAUAACGCUUAUCAAGGUACUAAGGAUGUUGUGAAUGGCGUGUGAAAUGCUACUGAAUACACUGGAUAUCGCAUUAUUUAUAGCUAAAAAAUAAUUUUCGUUUGGACAAUGAUAAAAAUAUAAUGCUUAUAACUGAUUUAAAAGUAUUUUAAACAUUGCACAAACAAAAAAAAGAUGUCUAUUCAAUUUAGUAGUAAA